GAGUGAGAAAAUUAUGUCUUGAUUUCGUAUUUUGGUGACGUGGUCUAAAAGGAUAAUAGGUGAAAAUAUUACAUGAUAUCAAGUUUUUAUUAUAUGUUUGGAAAUGUUAUGCUUUGCUUAGAAGUUGAUAACCAAAAUUUUUCUUAGAAGUUGAUAACUGAUAAUUUUGAUGUAGUUGGAUACAAUUCCAAGUGACAUAAUUUUAAACAUUUUUAUUAACAUUUUCCGUGUAAUUUCAACCAUUUAUUUUCUCGGUGGUAAUUUCUAUAUUCAGCUAUUGCCAGGUCUGACUAGACACCAGAAAUUUGUCUACAGGCAUUGUUUUGGCAUUUUUAGUAUAUUCACAACGUUUAAUGAUAGACGAUACUUUUAUUUUGACUUCCAAUUCAUCUAGAUCAAAAUAUUUAGCCCAUCUUACAAUCACCAUAAACGAGGCUGUAAACACUUCCGGCCAAACCAAAUAGUUACUAAGUUCCAAACAAGCCCUGGUGUUUUUGUGAAGGUUUUCUCAGAUACAGAGACCGUCUUCUCAAGUGGUUUGUUGACCUGAUUUUCCAGACAGGCUCAUUCCUGUUUACUGUCUGUUUCAUUUCUUGGUCUGUGUUGAAAUCAUCACAACUGUGAACCAACUAUUUGUUGUGUUUUUUUAAAUCUCGAAUCUUAAUUAUACGAAGAGAUUGUUGGUAUGCUUAAAAGAACACGUCGGGAGACUUUUCCUGGUCUCAAUAUUAGACCAGCUGGUGUACAGGACCUCUGUUUAAUUGUGAAGACCACCCUCUUUCUAACUCCAAAGUCAGGCCGCAACCCCUGGGAACGCCCUUUUAAGAAUUAUUGUUGUCCCAUCCGCGCUCUGAAUGACCUCAGGGGCUCUUAUUAGGAACUGGACUGAGAAGUGGAUGACACUGAUGUUCAAGCCUCUUAUUUUGAUCGCGCUCAAAAUAAGACGUAUUAAUGCCUUGAGAUAAAGUAGAUAAGGUAUCUCUUGUUACCCACAUAUUUGUGCUAUUUGCUGCUCGGCACACGCUAAGGGCCCUGAAAAGCUCUGUCUAUUUUUAGUCUGUUUUACCGCAACAGAUAAAAGAUAAUCCUAGACAAUGUAUCUUAAUUAAUGAAUUUAAUCAUUGGCUGGUCGUUUCUUAUUUUUGUUUAACAUUUGUAGUUUUAUACAGUCACUCUAAAGUUUUGUUGAGCAAUCAGUUCUGGUGCUAGGUCGACUACCUGUGCAUGUGGAAGGAAGGUCGAUGUUGUGUUUGGUGAGUCUGCGUUUAAACUGUGGUAUUAGCUGCCGGUGGCAGAACGAGUGACGGCGCGAAAGGCCUUCUGUUUUAGUAGAAAAGCGAGAUUUCCAUUGGCAAAUUACCUACACCACGAAAAUAAGAAGUGCAACAAGGCUGUUCAAUAACCGGGCAACCGCAAGCAUUACUGCAAUAUCCUGUCAACUUGUUUUCCAUCACUGCAACUUCUAAACAAGAACAGGACAUAACAACGGUGCGUGGAACGAAACGCACGUGGGCUGUAGAUGCAAGCAGGUCGAUAGUUAAUUCACAGAGAUACGGGCAUCUCUAAGUUUUUCGCAUCUAUACACUUGCCAACUAAACAAAGAAACGUGUCGAUAACCGAGGAUUUGUGUGUUUGAGUAUUCGUAGCGUUGUUUGGGAGUCAACCCUGAACUUUCUCGUGCAUCGAAUCCAUUCCGAUUGAUGGUUCUCAGGUACAUGAUUGGUAUAACAGCAUGGAAAGUUGGGAGAGCCAUUCAUUGCUUUGAGAACAACAGUCAUCAUUAAGAUUGAAAUGAAAUAAAGUGCACCCAGGCUGGACACGACUGCAUUGAGCGAAGCUACAUCAAGAACCGUUAAAGGAACUUGAUAAACCUUGAGAUUUGAUAAAACAGAGCUCUUCGUUCCACAGCAAAGCAAUCAUGGAAUUCAACGAUUCAUUAGCAAGUAACAACAGCACCGUUGCGGCUGUGGAGGAGCAGUCAUUAGUGGUCACUGUGUUUUUCCUGAUAUUUUACACUGUCGUCGUUUCAGCAGCGAUCAUCGGGAACUUGCUCGUCAUUUUGGCGGUCUACAAAUUCCAGUUCAUGCGUACCGUUGUGAACUUAUUCCUUGCCAACCUGGCCUGCUCAGACUUCCUGUUUGCCAUCGUUUCCAUUUUCGACACCGUGGCGUAUAUGUUGAACGGAUGGUUUGCUGGUGAAGCAAGCUGCAAGAUCCAGAGCUACCUAAUUGAGGUUUUCUACACCUGCUCUAUCCUAACACUGGUUGCUGUUUCGUGCGAGAGAUACCUCGCCAUUUGCAGACCUCAUCUCAAAUCUCGUUCCAGAAAACAGACUUUCAUCGUCAUAUCCAUCAUAUGGCUAACUUCGGUCGGUUUCUGUUCGGUCCUCCUGUAUGCCUAUAGGAUUCGAAUGAAACUAGACGUGCCUAUUUGCGAGAACCUCCAGUGGUCACAUUCUGACCGUCGUGUUUUCUACACAAUCCAUUCGAUUGCAGUUUAUUUAGUCCCUCUAAGCAUAAUGAUUUGGGCGCAUCACAAAAUUUCAAAAAUCAUCACCAAGCAUAAGACUCCUGGAAGUCAGCCCAUUGUUCACCAAAUAAGUGACAGUGAGGUGAGCAAAAACGGCUGCGAACUUCAUAGAACUGGGGAGGAGAGAGAGAAGAAGAAAAGUAGUGACGAACAAGACCAUGGGAUAAGCAAACUAAGGCGCGCUCUUUCAAGGCGAAAAACGACGAGCAAGUACAAAAAUUUGCGUGGACGAAGAAAGGUUAUUAAGAUCCUAAUCACAGUCACGGUUACCUUCUUUAUAUUAUGGACACCCUUUAUCAUUAUACGAAUGCUAUUGUACUAUGGACUCCCUGUGCAUGUUUACAUUUGGAAGGGUACCCAGCUGCUGAUUCUUAGUAGCACUGCUGUCAAUGGCUUGAUUUACGCGCUCAUGAGCCCGCAGUUCAGGAAAUGCUUCAAGAAAUUGCUGCCCUGCUGUAUCAGUGAGUUUGGAGACGGUGACACAACGGCAAGCCGUGCGAGGGAGCUUAACUCGUUUUCAAACUCGGCCUCUGCUCCAACAGAUACGCUAAAAACGAGAUCACUGCCGAGGUCCUUUCAUAUGACAAAAAGCUGCAUGUAGUUGAAAACGCUGUCGACGUUUUGUUUCUAUGAAAUUGCUAUCCAUUUCCAAAAAAUUUCAGGGUUAUAUUGGGUUGCUGUGGAGGCAGCCUAUGGCUUUCCGUAAUUUUGGAAAAGAAUCUGAAAUACUUCUAGAUCGGAGAUGCAAACUAUGUUGGAAAUACUCUACAUACAAUGAAUAACAAAACGCAGAAAAUUGAGAUACUUCUGCAGAAUCAUGACUUUGAAUAAUUCCUUGUGAUUCAAGGCUCAUCUUUGCAUAUAUUGUCGAGAAGGAUGACAUUUUAAUGCCACAUUUGUAUAAAAAUGAUGAGUAAUAUUUUCUUUUUCGAAUCUAUUGUAAUUUAUUAACAGUUGUUAUAGGGCUCGCAAAUGAAUGCAACACAUUCUAUUCCAGCACUACCUUUGUGGUCUUUUCGGUUAGGUUCUAGUGACAGCCCUUAUCAUUUUCUUUUGCCACCUUAAUGACUUCAUUUUCCUUAGGGAAUUAUCAUUUUCUUUUGCCACCUUAAUGACACACUCUUAAGGAAUUCCUUACGUCUUCCCCUUAAACUAAGCCUUCGCAGAGGCUUGAAUCGAAAUCAAGAUAGUGGAAAAACCAACUAAGUGUAAAAUAAAACUGAUUUAGAAUUAAUACCUCGGAUAUUUAUUUUUAGAACUUUAUUUCCAUUUUGAAAGUUGUUAAUAGAAUAGUUGUCUAAAUCCAUUAUGAAAUCUUAAUUGUUGGAAUGAAAUAA